CCAAAAAGUGCGCAACAUACACCGCCUCCAGGAAGUUCUCUUCCUCGUUCUCCUAUCAACAGACGUACUCUCUUCGCUUCUUCUUAUUCUAACUUCCUUUCCUUGCCAACACACUUGGUGCAGCUUCGUCCAGUAAAAAAUUACUGACCUCUGCCGACCAUUCACGAUACACACAUGUACAUCGCUCCAAGUGACAGCAAUACUCAGGAACAUGGGCCCCUGGUCACCGCCCUCAGUCUCGCUCCAAAGGGAGUGACACCCCCGCGCUGGAUCGUCGAUCAGGCUUUUCACGAUAUCGGCCUCAUGCCUCACGCACACGUCUUCUACAUGAAUCCGAACGAAGGGGCGGACAGUGAGGAACCCACGAAUAUCUCCUGCCAAACCUGCUUCAAGCAAUACAGCAUUAGCAUCACCGGGGGAAGUAUCUGUAGUGGAGUACUGCACCACUUACACACCAGGUUUGAGACUGACGCAGUGGUCGCAGUGUGCUGCCAUUGUGGAUUAACGGUCCAUGCAGCUCUGGAACAACCUGUAAUACCACCGAGCAUGAUCUAUCGGAUCCGAACAGCAAGAAAGCCUCGGUCUACCAACCCUGCGGCACCACAAUUUCAGGACACUAUCUUAAUGCUGAUCAGGAUCUUGCUGAACGCAGCAAAGCCAGAUGCUGCUCCCAGCAUUAACACCGAGUCGACUGCCUUCAAGAAUAAGAUCAGUCUGGACAGCGCCAGCAACGAGUUUUUCACACACGCCCGAUUCACAUUGAUCGAUGGACGCUUCCAUGUUCCUGAGCCGACGUCUGACAACGUACAAUUCCUGAAGCGUUGUGCAUUUCAACUGCAGAUGAUGCUCUUGGAAGAAAAUCCAUCGUUACUGACGGGUAAUUGCGGUGAUCCUAUUUUUCCGGCAUACGCUUCCAUACUCGAAAGGAUGGGUUGCGCGAACUACGAACGCAAUCCAAACUCGAAGAUUUUGAAUCUAUCCGAAAAGUCGACCCUAAUGUCCGAGCAACACUCGGCUCUUGGCAAGCUGGGCUGUCUCACGGACAUGAGUGACAAUAUUGUCAUUGAUGCUUUCCAGACCCAAGUCGCGCACGAUGUCACAGUGGCCCAUCCUUUGGUCGACCUGCUGCAGGAGGCUCAAAAACAGAGGAAGAGCGAGCAAUUGGGCAUUGAGAUUGCAUGUCAACGAUCCGAGGGCGUUGUUACUACAGCUGAGCUUGGGAAGGCUUACCGAGACUUUGAGAUUCCAAACAACGGCGAGGGCAUUAACAACGAUGUUUUGGUGGGUUUAAUCCGCGGGUCACUCGUGCCGGGGUCAAAAGAAAGUAUUAGAAUUAUCUCCAAGGCAAGGAACGACAGUUCCAUCUAUGAGCUCCUCGAACAACCAUCAAUGAUUGUGCCUCAGGAGGAGGAUCCUUUUCUCGACAUAUUUUAUGCACAAAAUCCGGUCGGGCUUUCCAACAUUGGCAACACAUGCUAUCUCAACUCGUUGUUACAAUACAUCUAUACGAUCAAGGAGAUUCGGGAGACAGUGAUGGAAAUGGAGGCGCAUGUUGAGAACGAGGAUGAUAACAAUUGGAAGGAAAAGGCCAUCGAUGGUCGCAUUUUGAAUCGACGGGACGUUAAGGAGGCAAAAGAGAUUGUUCGAGAGCUAAGACGGCUGUUCUCUUCCAUGAGGUCCUCCAGAGCAAGAUCUGUUACACCCUCGGACAGGUUGGUGGAACUGCUUCUUUCGACUGGAAAGGAUGGACAGACAGACUCUAAUGUCUCGCGCAAACCGAAUCAGUCCUUUGAACAGCAGGAUGUAUCAGAAACAAUGUCCAUUUUGAUGUAUCGCCUUAGUACCGCUUUCAAGCCAAUCUUGUCCGAAUCAGAGAUGAAGCCAGUGGAUCGAUUCAACAACAUGUUUUAUGUUAAGGCGAACAGAAAGGCCGUGGAGACAAACGAGGCUACGGGUGUGAAGGAGACGCGUCUUAUUCCAGAAGAUUUCAGUACCCUUAUGCUGAAUGUUGAAGAAGACAUGACUAUGGAGGAACUUAUCGAUGAUUACUUUGAUCCAGGCGGGCCUGGAUUGGAUACCAACCAUCAAGAUGACCCACCCAACAGUGGCGACUCAACAACACAGCACGACCGCGAUAUUACUGUGACAGACUUACCGCCAAUUCUGCAGGUUCACUUGAUGAGGACUCAAUUUAACCGGGAAGAAAAGAUAUCGUACAAGUCAAACGCGAUAGUGUCGAUUCCGAAACGGGUAUUCUUGGAUCAGUAUUUGGAGUCAAAUCAAGAAGGAAACGCAGAUCGGAUCAAGCGGAUGAAAUUACUAAAGAAGGAUCGGCGACAGUGUCGACGGGCUCUUUCGAAUAUUAAGCAAAAACUCAAGGAACGAGCCUCCCUCGGAAAUACAGCACCCAGUAUAGCGACCCCAGGGGGUACUCCCAGCGCAGCAAACGAAGUAGCGUCAUCCGCUAAUGAUACUUCAUACAGCCCACGAGAGAGCACCGCUGUUGCAAACGCGAGUCUGUCCAACAGGCAACUGGACAUUACUGAUUCUACAGUGGACUCGGCUCUUGACAUGGAAGAAGCUGACCAAUUAGUGAAAGUAAUGGACAUUUCAGCAAAGCUUCAGAGCGAAGUAGCAGAUCUAAAUCAAACAGAGUACAAAAUUCACGCGGUCUUCCAUCAUCACGGCGGCGCCGAAUAUGGCCACUACUGGGUCUACAUUUUAGAUGACCAAUCUGACGAGCCACGAUGGUUUAAAUACAGCGACGACGUUGUGUCAGAAGUUGGACCGGCGCAGGAAAGCGAGGUCUUCAACGGUGAUCAAGGAUCAACCGUAUGUUUCUGCGUUUACGUGCGCUCCGGCUCUGAUGCGGUGCAAACUGUGUGGAGAUCGAUCCCAUAAACAUUCGCCAACUACUACAUACAUGGUUAGUGAAGAUGACAAAAGGAGUCUUACAAACACUACCUGACUUCAGCAACCUUUUCCUUUUAUCUAAAAGAAAAUAAGACAGAGUUGCUGGAUAAUUUUUAAUAACAUUCCGCUGGCUCAAUUUGACCCUGAAGAAUAAAAUCUGAUGUAGAAAUAGCUGUAGAAUUUUGCCUCAAUGAACGGUAAAAGCCAACAUUCGAACAACCAAGCUGUUGUCGAUAUCCGAACGGAGAGAAAAGACAAGGUUCGUGUAAAGUUGGGCGCUAAACAAGAGGUGGAUCCCAGGAUCCAUGACUGGGCAAAUAUUUAAAAGAUAGUGGGGCCAUUGUUAUCCAUACCGUGUCCCAAGCUCCAGUCUACAACUCAAUAAACCGUGUUCGUUUUUCCUUCUUUGGAUACAUGUCGCGCUAAUUAUCCUCUUGGAGAUGAAGUUUCCAGAGGAAGGCAACUGGGAAUAAUGUAGUUCUUUG